UCACCUCCCCUCCUCUCUCCCAUGUGCCAGCAGACAGCUUCAGCGCUACCAGACAGCUCCCGUCCCUUCGCCGCCUCUAUUCACCUCCUCUGGACUUUCCCCUUCCCCUUCGCCUCUCUGUCAUUCCCAUCGACAUCAUUCCUCAGCCGGAUAUCAAGGCAGCUCCUGUUGGGGCAGGAGAGAGGCUUGUGUAAUCACCGGCUGCAUGAGCACUGAAGACUCCACGCUUUCGCUCUGAGAGGACAAACUCUGGGAUCAGAGAAGAAGAUAAAGGGGGAACGAACUUCAAGAGCGAGAGACUGGAGUUUGGGUGAAGGACGCAGACCAUGCCAGGCUCUGUGGUGCUGCUGCUGUCCCUGCUGGUGCUCUCCACAGGAAGUUAUGCCAGAAGAAUGAGGAAAAGAGGGCUCAGCCAUAAGGACUACGAGUACCCUGGUCAUCCCCAGUCCACCCACCACCAGAAGAAUGACAGAUGUCCACCUCCGCCGCAGAUGCUGCCCGAGCGAGCCUGCGAGGUUCCUGGCUGCCGCUCAGACUCCGAGUGCGAGCGCCACAAGCGAUGCUGCUACAACGGCUGCAUCUACGCCUGCUUGGAGUCAGUUCAGCCACCGCCAGUGCUGGACUGGCUGGUGCAGCCUAAGCCUCGAUGGCUGGGGGGCAACGGCUGGCUGCUGGACGGGCCUGAGGAGGUUCUGCAGGCUGAGGCCUGCAGUACAACAGAAGACGGAGACGAGCCUCUCCACUGCCCCACAGGUUAUGAGUGCCACAUCAUCAACCCGGGAAACCCUGAAGCUGGUAUCCCAAACAGAGGCCAGUGCAUCAAGCAGAGGGCCAACUCUGAUGCUCGCGGUCUGAGACACAAGUACUUCAAGGACUACAAAGACUACUUGGGUUCCAGCUCCACCAAUGCUGUCGGCUUUGAAAAACAUCACAACAAACAUCUGGGCUAAAAUGUGUCAGCAGUGUCAUUUUUUUUUUUUAACCACAAGGCCUUUUUUCUCGGCAGUUCCCACAUGAACAUGUUCAACAAAGCCUCCGACAUCAAAUCGUUCUGGUUUGAUCUGCUCAGGCCUGAACCAAGACCAGAUCUGACUUGUUUUUUUUUAAAGACAAGCCACCACGUCGUCUUCUUUGCAAAGUCUCAUGACAAGUUGGAGGCAAAACUCACGUCUUCAUACAUUAUUCAGCCAAAUUAACCAUAUAGAUGCAUAUUUAUCUGAACAAAAUAUAGAGUAUCAAAUGAAAAGACCAAAGCUGUAAAUGUUUAGCACAAAAAAUAGCUUCUUUUUUUUAAAUUUUAAGAUAAAUGAAAUAAAAAAUAUGAGGAUUUGAGCCUAACACAGCUAUAAUUAGGUUUUUCAGAUGAUCUUCUCCUCUAUAAAUUUAAUGUUCAAGCAUGCUCUAUCGCUUGUUACCCGUACUUUUACCAGGUAAAUUUGCUCUGGGUGCUGGGAUUGAUCAAUAGUUUAUUUUAUAGAGGAAACUCCCUGCAAGCAUUAAGUUUUAUGUUAAGCUGAUAUUUUUUUGAAAAAGGAAAAAAAAAACUGUACUUCUUUAUUAAAAUGUUUGUGCCCAUCAGAUUAUUUCUCAGUUUACAAGAAGUCUGUGCUCUGACCUUAAUCUGAGGUCUGUCACAUCCUAAACAAAUGAGAACAAAGAAAUCUGCUCAUAUUUGUUGCAUUAAAACUUCCACAAUCAUCUUUAUUCAGACUUUCUUGUAUAUUCUUCAUAGAAAUGUCCGUUCAAAAAAUUUCUAAUUUACAGAUUAUUUUCAUCCUUUGGUUUAAGGUUCAAAUAAGACAACCUUUCUUUCUCAGAGGGAUUAAAAACUCUUUGAAGAUAAAAGAAAUACGCCUGAUUCUUGUUCUAAAGUAAAACUCUUCGUAGUAUUUAAAUAUUCUGUAGAUUUUGAGACAAAAUGUGUACAUCUUUCAGUUUUUGGUCAUAAAUUCUAAUAUUCAUCUGGUGCUUUCAUACAGAGGAAUAAGCUGAAAACAGGAAACAUUAAACCAUUUUCUGUAACCGGUGCUUUUUAUUCUAAAUAAACAUUAUUAAUAAAAAUAUUCCGUCUUUAUUUGCUCAAAAGCAUUUAAAGACCCACUCUGAUGAAAACUGUGUUUUUGGUGUUUUUAUCUUGUUCUUGUGGCAUUUUUCUGAUGAUGAACAUAAAUGAAAAAGAAUAAUCUCAAAAUGUAACUACAUAGUAUUUUUUCUUUUAAAUCUUAAACAAAAAAAAGCUGUUUUAAGAACGUUGUAUUU